AGUUCGUUUUACCUAGAAUGAUAGAUGAUAGCCUACAGGGCAAUGACACAGACCGUCUUUGUAAUGCUUAGCGAGGCGUUUCUCAAAGCUCUCCGCUCGUUUCUGUCGAGUGCGCACCUAAAGUCCACACUAAUAUGUAGGCCUACUGUACACGUACAUCUCUACGGCGGAAAUAGACCGCACAGACAAGUGUUAAUGAGCAAACACUGACCCUGUGAAAGCCCCUCCACUCCCACUCAAAAGUCACCUUUCUACCGGGAGAGGACAGUGGAUUUUUCGGUCAGAUGGCGUGCCGCAAUCCGCCCACUGCUUUCUUGCACCCACACAGCCAGCGAAAAAGGCUGUCAUUAACAAUACGCUACAUAGGGGGAGGACAACUGCCGGAGCGCGCAGGCUAGGCUGGAAGGUUAAACAUUUGGCUCUGAGAAAAAUCGCUUGGUUAGCCGUUUGAAAUCAGACCGUAAAGAAAUUAGCCGCGAGGUUGAAAAUAAGCGCAAAGGAAUAGAUUAACUUUUGUUUACUCAGUUAUCCAAGAACAUUUUCAUACGUCGCGUCUUCAGAAUGAGAGGGCGCAAAAUAGCUUACUGACUGCAUGGAAGAGAAGAAAUCCACUGGUUCCAAGUAAGAAGCAUGAACAGUGACAAGCAAAGCAGAGAUAACUGUCAUUGAUUUGCAUGUCUGUUGUAAAGUCAUCGUUACAAAACUAUCUUUCUGGUCGACAAAACUACAAGACAAGGCGGAGCGAAGACCAAACGGCUUUAGCCUGAACCAUCUUGAGCGCGGUUCUCAACAUUCUCAGUUACCGGACCUGGACGUGGUAAGGAGACAUCAUAUUGCCAUCAUGUCAGUGCCGAGGACCCUGGGGGAGCUGCAGUUGUACCGUGUGCUACAGCGCGGCAACCUCCUGGCCUACUACGACACCUUCAUCCAGCAGGGCGGCGACGACGUGCAGCAGCUGUGCGAGGCCGGUGAGGACGAGUUUCUUGAGAUCAUGGCGCUGGUCGGUAUGGCGACCAAGCCUCUGCACGUGCGCCGGCUCCAGAAGUCACUACGUGACUGGGCUGCAAACCCGGCACUCUUCAACCAGCCGAUGGCGUCCGGUCUGGCACACGGCGGUGGGGGGAUCCCGCUCUUUAAGAUCGACAGCACAGCCGCAGGGGGCGCCGGGGGCAGGAAGUCAAUCAGCAAUGGGCAGCCCGGGUCACCGUGUGAGCGGGAGGAGAGGGCCGCAUGCCUCACGCCACUGAGAGACACAGGAAGUCCCAGAAGCCCAUGCUCUCAGGCCUCGCCCCUGCCCCCGGACACCCUCUACAGGGACAAACUGUCUCCCAUGGACCCCCACUGGCUCAGCCCUGAAGCAGACGAAGAGCAGCUCAGUCCUCCCUUACCGACUCUAACCCUUCACCCUCGCCCCGCCGGGGGCCCUCCCACUCCCCCAGCCCCGUCCUCCUCAUCCUCUUCCUCAUCUUCAUCCUCAUCUCCGUGGCCGGGCGGGGUGCUGGAUGCGGAGACGGCACGUGCGGUGGGGGAGAGCGUGGACAGGCUGCUCAGGACGCUGCCCCGUGCUGACCCCGGGGAGGUGAAGACCCUGCUGAGGCUCAACAAGAAGAUGGCGAAGACCGUGGGCCACAUCUUCAGCCCGGACCUGUCGGAGCAGAGCAAAGAGGAGGAGAUCCGCAAGUACAGCCUGAUCUACGGCCGAUUCGACUCCAAGAGGAGAGAGGGUAAACAGCUCACACACCACGAGAUGAUUAUCAACGAGGCAGCCGCUCAGUUCUGUAUCCGUGAUAAUGCGCUGUUGCUACGACGCGUGGAGCUGUUCUCAUUGGCCAGACAGGUGGCAAGGGAAUGUGCCUACACUUCUACGCUGAAACAUUCCAGGACAAACUCAGACGAACGAGACGGAGCUGUGCCGCUGCUGAAGAAGAACCGACAGGAGAUUGAGUCAGAUGUGUCCCUCAGGGGCAUGGAGGGGUCAGAGGUCAUAUCCCAUGGAGCCCUGCGGUCAGCCACAGAUGAGGACAGCCUAUCCAGUGAGAGCAUGGACAGCCUCACACAUGAUGUCGGCCGUCAGUCCCACCCCUCUUCAUCCCCCCGCCCACCCAUCGACACCCCUUCACCCGCCACCUGGAGCCGCCAGCUCAUUCAGCAAACGCUCAUGGAUGAGGGCCUGCGAUUGGCUAGGAUGAUGUCACAUGACCACGCGGGCAAGGGCAGCCUAGGGUCAGAGAGGAAGCAGACCGCAGCAGAGCUGGAGGGUAAGGCGGCAGAGAGGAGAAGUGCUACUGCCCCCUACAGGAGUGGCAGUCCCAGCAGCAACAGAGAGGAGUUGGACCACAAUGGCAAGUGAAGAGUGAAGAGGAAGGGAGCAUCCCUCAGAGUGCAUCAGCCGUUCACAAUCACUUCAGCACCACGUCCACCUCUCAGACUCCAGCAUCAUUCCACUCAGCUCACCGGGAAAGGAUCUUAAGACAUACUGCCACUCCACUCAGGGUCCAACACUGCGUUGCUCAUCAGGAAGUAAUCGCUCCUAGCCUAGCUCAAGCUUCUGUUCUCAUCAAGGCCGAUGAUCUUCUGUCCAGGGAUGCUCAACAGUGAUGAAAACAGAUGUUCUGUAGUGGUCAUAAAACUGUAGUCAUGGAUACUCUGUGAAUAGCAUGUGAUUCUGUCCCUCAAAACAUUGAUGUUCACAAAACAUCAUUGUAACACUAGCCAGAGACGUGCCAGUUGUGUGAAAGGGACAUGACAAAGGCUGUAGUCCACCUUCACUUUUUGACUCUUGCGAUCUAAAUCAGUGACUUGUUGAUAGCGGGACAUCUACUGCACAAACUCAAUCUAAUACGAUUCCAUCAAGUUGUCUUUUAACAGUUUGACUGCUCAAAUGCAACCUGGUUACUUUCUUCAUCCAUGCCAUUACUGUUCAUUCCUACGUACUGUGCAUAUAACUUGCCCCUCCUCCGUACUUCAGUGCUAAGUGGUACUGCACAUACGUGCUUCUGCAGUUAGCCCGCUUUCUUGCGUCACCUUCUCCCAUCUAACAACUUAAUAUCUCUCGUGGCAGCUGAUUCUGAAACAACUCUGUUCCAGAACCUUCUGUUGUCUGGAGUUCUAUCAGUCAUUCCUGUUGUUGGACAUUCUUUGCCUGCCGACUCUUUUUACACCAGUGAAGAGACUCUAGGUCUAGGACGAUGUUUCCCAUGACGCCUGUAUUUUCAGUGAAUAUGAAGACCGUUGGUGCUAUAAUUCCUCUCUUCUCUGGUCUUAGUAAGUGAUGAUGCUGAUAGGAUUUUAGUCUGGUCAUGUCUGAAUGUGUGGUAUUAAUCUAUAACUGUGAUUGCAUUCACACUUAAUAAACCAUAACAAACUGGAUUUGGGAAGACAGCUAUAUUGAAAUUAUGUGUGACAAAUAUAUAAUUCCAAAUGCUGGGAAAACAAACUGGUUCCUUCAAACACUAAUUUUUAGCAAUCAGCUGAUGAAUUGAGGUACUUGGGCACAUUUCAAACCUUUCAAAUCAAGCCUUAAGCGUUAACAGCAUGUCCUGCUUGUGUUUGGUUGAAAGAAACCAAGUUUUAAGUUCAUAAAUUAUGACUUGACUAGAUUCAUGUGUAGUUUAAGGAAUUUGUAUGCCAGAAAGAUGUAUGCUCCUCUACUCUGCCUUGCCAGCAUCUGUGCUUAUUUUGUGUUCUGUAAAACAGCAGAUUAUUUAUUUUGUUAAUCAUCAGUAAAUAUUUUAUUGUUUAACCA